AUGACCUUUGCAGACGGCACACUGGGUCUUGUGACAAACGCCUUUCACCCCUCUGCACCUCCCCACCCCCCAUCCCCCACCACUGCUCACCUCCCACACCAAAGAGUGGGCCAUGACCUCUGCCCUGACCUCAUCAAUAAGCUGUACCCCCUGCCCUACCCUCUGACUAGGGUCUCAGGAAAAGAUGAUGCUAUAGAGAAUGUAGCGGUUGGGCUCUUUAGAAGAAACUCGGCCAGCCGUUCCUCAAGCCCUUCUCGCCGCUCCUGCAGUCCUUCAAGGUCACCUUACAGUCCCUCCAGCUCCCCAGUAUCCCCGCGGCGCAGCAGCCCCACACCGCCCUCCCCACUUACCCGAAGGUCCUCUAGGAGCAGCUCUCCGCAACUUACUCCUCCUCAGCAGUCAUCUCCUCAGCUCACACCUCAGCACGCGUCUCCCAGAACGGUUACCAGACGCAUCUCUUCUCCUAUGACUUCCCCGAGACAUGCCAUUCUCACCGCGGCAGUUCGCCAACCAGCCCUCAUCGUAGUCGGUUCCCCCUCUAGAUCGCUUGAUUCAUCCCCCAUGAGCUCCCCACUGUAUGGCUCCUCUUCCUCCAUCAACUCCCCGAAGCACACUUUGCACACCUACACUUCCCCACCAAGCUCACCUAGCCGCUCCGUCUCGCCCUCAGGGUCACAGAAACGCAAAACAUCACCACUUCCCUCUCCCAAACAUCUCUCCUCCACCCCAAACUCCCCUCAACACACAGUCACUAAAACCUCACCCAAAAGCUUCUUCCGACAAUGCACUUUGUGGGUACAGUCGGCCAGGAAGUCUUCAGAAAACAAUGCCUCUAAAGAAAAUGCAGCUCACAAAGAAACAGUCGACAGCAACAGUAAUCCUAAGCAAAGCAAGACCACCGAGAUGAAACCGGAAGUGUUAGCGAAUGGUUCUGUGAAACAGGUCUCCCCUCAGCAUACUCAGGAUGUCUCUCUUUCUGAUCCAUUAAGCACAGACAUAUCUCUUCCUCAGCAAUAUUCAGAUUACUCACCCUAUACCCAGCCAGCCAUCAUGAAAUCCUAUGUACAUAUAUACAGGCAAUCCUCUCUUCCAGAAGAAGAGUCAGAGGAGUCUCUCCGACUCAGCGUCUCUCCUUUCAGUUCACCUCAACACCAGAGGUACAAGUGGAUCACCAGACACACAGUUCCUCCACCAACAAUCCCGUGCCCUUACAAUGAACUGUUCAAACAGGCCUCUUUACAAGAAUCAAGAUACAAACCAAACAAAACUCCAUACCAACAAACUAGCAUAAGUGUUCCACAGCUAAAUAAGAAUAUCCAUACCUCUUCGUCACAAGGGAAUUCAGAAGAGUACCAUAAGCGUGAAUGUACAAGAGUGUCAUCUCUGAACAGUACAUGUUCUGUGUCUGACAUGCCUGAAAAACAUGUUCCCAGACAGUCAUCCCUGCCUGAGAGGUCAACUUUGACGGUUACGGGACAGUAUCAGCCGCAUUGUGUGACGAGAAAUGAUAUUAAGAAUUCACCAAUUAGUUCUGUUACUCAGAAGAUAACAGUAUCCCCAGAAACCAUCCAUGAACAAAUUCAUAUCACUCUAUGCAGUGAGCCAGAUGCCUUGGAAUCACCACAAAGAAAUGUAAGCUCUUGCAGAUAUGAGGUGCCAAUCUUAUCAGCUUCGGAAGAUGACCAUUCCAAAUCUUUAAAACAUGGAUGUUCUUUGAAAAACGAUGGCAAGCUAGAUUCCCGAAGUAUAAAAGAGGGUAAAGAUAGUCAUGCCCUUCCUCAGGGUAGUAAAUCUAGGAAUGAACCCCCUAGAAAGGAAAAAGGUAACAUAUUUGAUCAUUCAGGGAAGGGUAACAAAUCUUGCAACCUCACAAGACCAGACAGCAGUCCAGACAUUCCAUCAGUACAAAGCAAUAAGAUUUGUUCCCCUUCACCACAAGGCAAAAAGCACAGCCCAUCACCAUCACCUGACAAGAAACCUGGCACUCCACCUUUGCAAGAGAGAAGAUCUACUACUACGAAUAAACGAGACAGUAAGCCAGGUACUCCGCCAUUGCAAGAUGGCAAAUCAACCCUUCCACGCUCUCGAGACAGAAAAUCCAGUUCCUCAUCAACACGAGACAGCAAACCAGGCACUCCUCCCUUGCAAGAGAGAAAAUGUACAUCAUCAUUACAAGACAGUAAACCUGUUACACCUCCAUUAAGAGACAGGAAAUCGAGUACUUCCUCGUCACGUGACAGAAAAUCUAGCACAUCAUCAUCACAAGACAGUAAAUCAGCUAGAGACAGAAAAGCUAGUAUUACAUCAUUACAUGAAGGUAAGCCUGUUACUCCACCACUGAGAGAGAGAAAAUCUAGCUCUUCAUCUCAACGAGAAGGCAAAGCUACUACUCCAUCAUCACAGGACAAAAAGUCCAGCUCUUCACUACGAGAUAAACCUAGUACUUCAUCACAGCAAGACAAGAAAACAACUAGUAAAGAUAAGAAAUCACAAGAUAAGAAACCUGGUACUCCACCACUAAAGACAAGGAAAUCUAGCAGCUCGAUGGUAGAAGACAAGAAGGGGAAUAUUCCUGCUGAGUGUAAGAAUACAGGUUACACUUCAAAAGAAGACAAAAAAUCUGACUCUACACUUACAAAAGACAAAACGCUUCCAAAUAAGGCGCUAAGUACCACAACAACUAGACCUAAAAAGCCUUCGUCCUCGCGCUCUCAAGAAAAUGUGUCAGACACUCCAUCAACUAAAGACAAGACGUUAGACUCAUCAAUAAAACACAGUAAAAAGGCCGAUAUUUCACAAAUAGACAGCAAAAAGGCUGCUGGAUCACACAGUCAGUUAUCACAUACCACUACACCUGUUACUUCUCCAGUUCAUGGAAAGAAAAAUGCUGCAACAAGUCACGACAAAAAGUCUAGUACGUCCCAGAGUAAAAAUGAGGAAGUCAGUCCUUCAAUAUAUGGCAAAGAAGCCAGUAAGACUGAUCCCAAGGCUAGUCAUUCGACACAUAAGACUAGCACUCUUACAAGACAGAAAAGCAAGUCUAAUACAUUAAUUGACCAAGAGGGCAGACCAGUUACACUUCCAAGAAAAGAUACCAAGUCUGGUCAAUCAGCUGUUCACAUCCAGCAAAAUAGUGGAAAUAAAAAGUGUAAAACUUCUAUGCAAGAUGUUAAACCUAUUACUUCCCCUAAAGACAAGAACACCACUGUCAACCCUACCAAACAAGAUAAUAAACCCAAAACAACUAAGAGACAAGACAGUAGGUCGGAUGUUCACAAGAUUCCGACUAGCAAAUCUUGUACUUUCAAGAGACAAAACAGUAAGCCUGAUUCUUCCAAAGGUGAGAGCAGCAAGCCUUGUACUAUAGCAAGACAGAAUAGCAAAUCUGGCAAUCUGUCAAGCAGUGAUAGCAAGCCAGAUAUUCUCUCCAAAGAAAAUGAUGAAUACAUCAUGCCUGCAAGCAAUAAUAAGGCACACAAAUCACAGCCUCCUCAAGCAUACUGCUCAAAAAUGGAAGAGCCUACUAAAGCCUCGAAUCCAGAUCAUUCUUGCGCAAUAUCUUGUCUGCUUCCCCGAACCUCGUCUCAGAAUUCCCUACACAAUCUAAGUACUUGCCAGCACACGGGUCUUGGUUUAAAUGAUGCUCAUUCCCACGAGCCGUUCAUCACUCCUGUACAUCAACAAUCACAACACUCUAAAAUAUCUGCUCAAAACAAACAUCCCUCGGCUUCAGAGCAUGAGCUAGAACCACUACUACCCGCCGAGCAACAGCCACCAUUGUCAACACAACAGAAUGCCUUACCGUCACUCACAGAACCUAACCCCAUGUCAGCACCAAUUCAAGAACAGCCGAAGUCAGUCAAUUCACCAGUCCCCAUUCCAAACUCCGGCCCACUUAAGCUCCAGGCUCAAGUGCUACUCAUUCAAUCCCAACCUUCAUGUUCACCUUGCUUAUCCAGCCUUUCCAGUGGAGGCCCAAGCAGGCAGCCUGUGACCAAGACCUACCUUGUUGAUAAACCCAUGAGCCAUCAUCACCAUCACCCAAAGUUGCUGUUCUCUUCCCCAAUUGGUGAUGCUCUGAGUCCUUGCACUCCUAACUCCUGA